GGAUUUUAAUGGAGUUGGUUUUGUUUCAGAUGAGAUACAGGGAAGGGGUGAUUUGCAAAUAUUGAGUGUUCUCCCAUGACACCAUGAACCCUGCCGCAAGCGGCGCUGCUGAUUCUCUGCAGCUAGACAAUAGCAACAGAAAACAACAGCGGGCUUCGUCUCCAGCUAGAUUCAGGGAUGGGACCACGAGAUUCGCCUCUAAAACCACACCAUCUGCUAAAAGCAAUGCACCCAAACAGGGCCUGAAACAUACCCGCGGUUCUGUCCAGGGAUUUGUAGUUAACAGCAAAGACAAACAGCUGACCAGCAGAGGUGUGGUCGCUGUUCAUCCGGGUGGUGCUGAAGAAACUAACGCAUCAAAUAGGGACAGGGCGGAGGCAGGAAAGAAAAACGAGGACAGAAACAACCAAGUACCUGAAACCCGGAGCACUGAUAUAACAUCUAUAAAAGGGGAUUAUUAUCGCGUCGUUUCUGACCAGCCCGGCAGCACGUCCAAAUCGUCGAAAGGGAAACUGAAAAACCAACAGAAGGGCGGAGGCGAAGCGUCCAGCUGCAGCAAGCAGACUAGUAAGACUUCUGUAAGAUGCGGGCCCGGGUUUGGGAAAGAAGGGUGUCUGCAGUCUGAAUUUAUCCAAUUUCACAUCAACAAAAGGCUAAAGAAAUGUGGUAAAAUGCACACCAAAACAACAAGUACCCAAGAAACAGACUCGCAAUCGGAGGUGCCUGCUGAAGGGGUCAAUAUGGAGACUGUGACACAGCAAGAUCAGAGCCUACAAAAUGAAAUAGAGAGAUUAAUAGAAGAAAAUGAAGAUCUCAAGAGAGACAUUGACGAGAUGCGGACAGAAAUGGAUGAGAUGAGGGACAGUUUUUACGAAGAAGAUGCUUGCCAGCUGCAGGAUAUGCGUCGGGAGCUGGAGAGAGCCAACAAAAACUGUCGAAUAUUGCAGUACCGCCUGCGGAAGGCAGAGAGAAAGAGGCUGAGAUACGCUGAGACAGGAGAGAUCGACACCGAGCUGGUGAGAAGUCUGGAGCAAGACCUCAAGGUGGCAAAAGACGUGUCAGUAAGACUUCAUCACGAACUGGAGAACGUAGAGGAGAAGCGAGCAAAAACAGAGGAGGAGAACGAAAAGCUACGACAGCAGCUCAUCGAGGUGGAGAUCACCAAGCAAGCGCUGCAGAACGAACUGGAGAGAGCAAAAGAGUUAUCACUAAAAAGAAGAGGAAGCAAGGAUUUGCAGAAGUCUGAGAAAAGGACUCCUCAAACACCAACAGAGGAUGACAAUGAGGACUUGAAGUGUCAGCUUCAGUUUAUCAAAGAGGAAGCUAUACUAAUGAGGAAGAAGAUGGCAAAAAUCGACAAAGAGAAAGAUCGGCUGGAGCAAGAGCUGCAGAAGUAUCGCUCAUUCUACGGUGAUCUUGACAGCCCUUUACCAAAAGGUGAGGCUGGAGGGCCCCCCACCACCAGAGAGGCAGAACUGAAGCUGCGCCUGAGAUUGGUGGAGGAAGAAGCCAACAUCCUGGGCCGGAAGAUCGUGGAGCUGGAAGUGGAGAACAGGGGAUUGAAGGCUGAACUCGACGACCUCCGUGGUGAAGAGCAUGCCGGUGCCUCUGGCUCGUCCUUCAGGGAACAGAGCGAGUCGAUCUCGGAGCUAAGGCAACAGCUGCAGCUAGUGGAGGAUGAAGCAGAGCUGUUGAGGAGGAACUUGGCCGACAUGGAGGACCAGAAUAAGAAAAUAACCAAUGAGGUCAACAAGUAUAAGUUCAAGGCCGGGACGCACGAGAGUUCCAGGCACAGUGACAGUGCCAAGACAGAGGCCCUCCAGGAGGAGCUGAAGGCAGCUAGAAUGCAGAUCAACGAACUCAGCGGUAAAGUCAUGCAGCUGCAGUACGAGAACAGGGUCCUGAUGUCCAACAUGCAACGCUAUGACUUGGCCUCGCACCUGGGGAUCCGCGGGAGCCCCCGGGACAGUGAUGCAGAGAGCGAUCCCGGAAAAAGGGAAAGUGACGAUGAUUCACGCCCCCCUCACAGGAAACGAGAGGGGCCCAUUGGCGGGGAGAGCGAUUCUGAAGAGGUGCGCAACAUCCGCUGCUUGACCCCUACUAGGUCCCUUUACUCAGCCGAGGGGCGUUUUUUACCCAAAAACUUCAAAGACCGACAACAGAUGAUUGACAUCCGCAUGGAAGCAGAGCGGCUCAGCAGGACUAUAGACCGGUUGAUUUCUGACACCAGCACCAUCAUAAGCGAGGCCAGGAUUUACGUGGCCAAUGGUGACUUCUUUGGAAGAAUGGAUGAAGAAGAUGACGGCAGCCGGAUACGAGAGCAGGAGCUGCUCUACAGAAUCAAUGCCCAGAUGAAGUCCUUUCGGAAGGAGCUUCAGACUUUCAUAGACAGACUAGAGGUCCCCAAGUCUGACGAAAGGGGAGCUGAAGAACCAAUGUCUGUAAGUCAGAUGUUUCAACCUAUUAUUUUACUUAUUCUCAUUCUUGUCUUGUUUUCAUCCCUUUCCUAUGCCACCAUUUUUAAAUUGGUCUUUCUGUUUACACUUUUCUUUGUACUUUAAAUCCCACCCCCAUUAGUGUAGUGUUAUUUUUCGUUUGUUUAUUUAUUUUAAACAUCCCCACUAAGGUUACACGAAGUACAGGAAAUUAAU